AUGAAGAACAAGGCUUCUCUCUUUCUCAAGCAGUUUAUCUCCGUGUUCAAAUCUAUAGCUAAAGCCAAGUCAAUGGCCAUCAAGAACAAAACCAGCGCUGUCAAAGCUCGCCUCAUAAUGUUCUCCUUGUUGAAGAACAAGCAGUCGAAGCUUAUGCUGGAUUCGUUAUCCCAUAAAAUCCAUAGACUUCUUGGACAGCAUGACGGGGAAAGCCAAGACGAGGCAGGGGAAAAUAGCAAGGCCAUAGUUAUCUCCAACAUUGCAUUGGCAAACGAGUACUCGCAUUCGAGCUCCAGCCACACCCAGUACUUGAUGCACAAGGUAGAGGCUGAUUAUGAAGAAGAAGAAGGCCGGGAUCAUGAUGAUGGUGAUGAUAAAUACCCAGAUCUCAGACACUCCUUGUUUGAUGACGAGGAUUUGGACUUUGAGGAGGAUGAUCAGGGUGGGUCCAUCAUUGAUCUGGUGAGGAAUUCCAAGGAGGAGGAAGGGGAGAAUUUCGUCCUGGAAGAUGAGAUUGAUAAUGUUGCAGACUUGUUUAUCAGGAGGUUCUAUAAACAGAUACGCUUGCAAAAGCUGCAGUCUUUCAGGAGGUUUCAAGCGAUGAUGGAGAGAAGUCUUUAA